AUGUCACUCACUGUACCUGGGCUCGUGGGACUCUUCGUCGGAGUUUCUCAAGCUCUGCAGUAUCAAAUCUCCCAAAACUACUCCGGUUCCGACUUUUUCGAUCACUUCGACUUCUUCUCAGACCCCGAUCCAACACAUGGCUUUGUGAAGUACCAGGAUUUGGCUGGAGCUAAUAAUACUGGAUUGGCAGGGUUCGCCUCGAACGACGCUUUCCAGAAUGUGGUUUAUCUCGGAGUCGACUCGUCCAGUGUUGCCCCAGGCGGGAGGCAGUCCACCCGCAUUGAAUCCAAGGAAGUCUUCAACCAAUCCUUGCAUAUCGCUGAUAUUAGACAUAUGCCAGGAGGCAUCUGCGGGUCAUGGCCGGCAUACUGGCUAGUAGGGCCACAGUGGCCCGAUAACGGGGAGAUUGACAUUCUGGAAGGAAUCUCACUUCAACCCGUCAACAAGAUGGUCCUUCAUACGAAAGCCCACUUGAUGGUCUCCAACAUCUCAGACCCCAGUGUUGCGAAUGUCACCGGAAUGCAAAUGCAAGGCACUUUGGCCAGCCUUGAUUGCAGUACUGACAUCACCGGAAACCCCGGCUGCGCGGCGUCAGGCACCAACAACUCGUUCGGCAAGGCCUUCAACGACAAUGGCGGAGGUGUUGUGGCUACCGAAUACGGCCCGCAGUGGAUAUCCAUCUGGAAUUUUGGGCGUGGCGAGAUUCCCGCCGACGCUUUCAGUGGCAGUCCCAACCCAGAGACCUGGAGAACCCCUGACGCUCACUUCAUGUCCGCAGACGGUGGCCCGCUGUCCGAAUACUUUUCCAAUCUCAGAAUCGUCAUCAACACCGCUCUGUGCGGAGACUGGACGAACGCGGACUGGGCCAACUCGGAAUGCGCGACAUUGGCCCCGACUUGCCAGGACUAUGUUGCCAAUAACCCGCAAGCUUUCAAAGAGGCUUACUGGCUUAUUGGAGGUAUUCAGGUCUAUCAGCCAAUAUCUGGCGGGUCGAACAUCACGGACGGCCCUUAUACAGAUGCGGCAUACCGUCGUCAGGUGCCUCGCAUGCAUCCCCGUCACACAUCUUGA